AGUUUCAGUGGUAAUAAAGAUAUGAGGACAAAGGUGCACCACAACCAACCCCCCUACAGAAGUCUUAAGGUUCUUACUAUUCAGAUCAAUUUAUUAGCUAUCCUCCUAAUAGUUCAGUCAUUGGAGUCAUCGGAGAAGGAGUGGUUCUGCCUUGCUAUGUGGUAGCAGAGAACUUUCCUGAGAUAUUCUCUGUCCAGUGGAUAUUUAAUGAACAGUCUCAAAAAAAUACCUGUGAGCACAUAUGAUGGAAAAACUCAAAAGGAAAAGCAAGAUGAGAGAUAUCAAGGCAGAACAGAAUUCUUCCAUAGUGAAUUUGGGGCAGGAAACAUGUCUCUGCUCUUGAAGAACAUCAGGAGUUCUGACAAGGGAUCGUAUACUUGCGUGGUCUCUUUCAACGAUGAGUACCAUGAUGUGUUAAUUGAACUGAAAGUAGCAGCUAAAGGUAGUGUGCCUUCCAUUUCCCUGAGAAGUUACAUGAAACAGAGCAUUGGCCUCACCUGUCAUGCAGAUGGAUGGUUUCCUAAACCUGAGGUGAUUUGGCUGGAUGGCCAAGGACAGGUGCGGAAGGAACAAUCAACCACAAAGAUGAUGAUGAUGCCUUCAGGCCUUUACAGAGUCAUAACUUCCAUGAACCUAAAGCCCGGAUCUGACAUGGAAGUCUCCUGCAGGAUAGUCAAUAAUCUGCUAAAGACAACAAGAGAGUCCAGAAUUCAGAUUUCAGAGAUUUUCUUUCCCUCCAUUUCAAAAUGGCUGAUUGUCCACCUGGUAAUUUUAUGUUUUAUCACAGUCCUAAUCUCCACUGUAUUUUGUAAGCUGAGAAGUAACCACAAGAAAACAAUUAAAUCAGUAAAAAUGAAGACGAAGAUGGAAGAAGAAAAUGAACAACUGAAGUCAAUGUUAGCAAAAUCAAAACUCAAAGACCACUUUGGUCAACUGAAAGCUGAGCUGGAUUUCUGGGAAGCCCGGAGCCAUGCAGUGUUCAUUGAUGUGAAUCCUGACUGCCGAGUCCUAGAGCUCCCAGUGCCGGGGACUCCAAAAGUUGAGGACACCUCAUCUGAGCCUGAAAGCCUGAGAAGUCCCUCCACGGUUCCUGUUCUGGUGGGGAAGGAAGGGUUUGCAGCUGGGAAACACUACUGGGAGGUGGAGGUGGACCAGCAGCAGGACUGGGUGCUGGGGGUGGUGAGGGAGAAAGAGAAGCAAGAGGAGGAAGGGACAAAUGUUGGUGAGGACUUCUGGGCUCUGCACAGAUCCCAGGGAGAGUUAUUCUCUAGCAAGGAAAGCAGCAAAAUUGAGAAGAAGAAUAUGAGUUGCUCAGUGAUUGGCGUGCUUCUGGACUUGGAGGAAGCACAAGUCAAAUUUUAUGAAGCAGGGCAGAAAAAUAUCAUAGUGAAAAUCCCUCUAAGCCUUGGAAAGGAACAUGCAGAAAUAUUUUACCCAUUUUUACCUAAAGGAGAAGAAGGGGUAGUCACACCUGUUAUCUGCCCAGUCUUUAUCCCUGUCCCUUUGGAGACACUGUAGAAGGAUAAUUUGAAUCAAAUAGCUUGUAGAGGUAAGGUUCUCUUCAAUGUGUCAGAGUGGACUAGAGGAGAGACAACAAUGUCUUAAGACAUUAGUUAUUAUCAAAUCCAGAGAGCAGUACUGUGGAACAAAACAGAAAAACCUGGAAAGAAAAAAAAAAAAAAAA